AUGUCUGAUUCGGGCUUCGAGGCUUUCACAAUUCUCUUGUCCAUGAUUGUUUGCUUUAUGAUAAUGACGAAGCAGUGCACAUAUAAUGUCUGGCUCUAUUUUUUUUUUCCGCGGGAAAGGGAAGCGAAGGGACAUCAUUUUUGCGAGGAUGGAAGGAAGGGGGAACAUGAGAUUUUUCGCGUUUGCUUUUCUUCGCUGGCUUCGUUAGCCUCGGAUCAGGCUAGAGGUGGUCGGAACUUGCUUGCUUUUUUGUUGUUUGGCCUGAAUGGCUUCUUGUUAUUUUGCUGUGUAGGAAAAUUCGGGUUGGAUGUGUGGCGUAUUAGCUUCACUCCUUGCUAA